GCAACCUGUAUUGACGAGGCUAACAGGAAGUUCAUGCCUGCAUUGUUUGACUAAAGUUGUGUCUUAUCUUCUGCGAGGGAUGUUUGCUGUCCUCCAGUGCUAUAAAGCUCAAGCUACACUGUUAUGGUGUUAAUAUUUGUCUGCAGCACAGUUAAGGAUUCAGAAACAAUCAGUUUGUAGGAGAUCUUGAGUUGAAAGUCGGGUGUUUUCGAGAGCUAGCAUGAGCGCUAAGCCGACCUGAGCCGCGUUUGUUUACAAUGAAUCAGCUGAUUAGGGUUAGGUGGUCCUCAGAAGCCCGCGUGAUAUUCCACCACGAGCUGCGCGUGCACCUACUUUAGGGUCUUCUUCACAGCUGAAUGUGAGGAAGAAGAAGAGGAGGAGGAAGAAGAAGAGGAGAAUUGUGCAGGAGAAGAUGCCGUGCACCUGUGGGAACUGGAGGAGGUGGAUCAGACCUCUGGUGGUGCUCCUCUACAUCCUGCUCCUGCUGGUGGUUCUUCCCCUGUGCAUAUGGGAGCUGCAGAAAUCAGAGGUUGGCACUCACAACAAAGCCUGGUUCAUCGCAGGUAUCUUUGUCUUCAUGACAAUCCCCAUAUCACUUUGGGGGAUACUUCAGCAUCUCGUGCACUACACCCAGCCUGAGCUGCAGAAACCCAUAAUCAGGAUAUUAUGGAUGGUUCCGAUAUACAGCUUGGAUAGCUGGAUUGCCCUGAAGUACCCAAGCAUCGCCAUCUACGUGGACACGUGCAGAGAGUGCUAUGAAGCUUACGUCAUUUACAACUUCAUGAUCUUCCUGCUGAACUACCUGGAGAAGCAGUACCCCAGCCUGGUGCAGAUGCUGGAGGUGCAGGAGCAGCAGAAACACCUGCCGCCGCUCUGCUGCUGCCCGCCCUGGCCCAUGGGAGAGGUGAUGCUGCUGAGAUGUAAGCUGGGUGUUCUGCAGUACACUGUAGUGAGACCCGUUACCACAGUCAUCGCAUUGAUCUGUCAGCUUUGUGAGGUUUACGAUGAAGGCAACUUCAGCUCCAAAAAUGCCUGGACCUAUUUAGUGAUCAUGAACAAUGUCUCCCAGCUCUUUGCCAUGUACUGCUUGGUGCUGUUCUACAAGACGUUAAGAGAAGAACUCGGCCCCAUCAAACCCGUGGGCAAAUUCCUGUGCGUCAAACUCGUUGUGUUCGUGUCCUUCUGGCAGGCGGUGCUGAUUGCUUUGCUCGUGAAGGUUGGAGUGAUUUCAGACUCUCACACCUGGGACUGGGACAGUGUGGAGGCCGUGGCCACCGGACUGCAGGACUUUAUCAUCUGCGUGGAGAUGUUUCUGGCAGCCAUUGCUCAUCACUACAGCUUCACCUACAAGCCGUACAUUCAGGAAGCAGAGGAAGGCUCGUGCUUCGACUCCUUCCUGGCCAUGUGGGACAUGUCAGACAUCAGGGCCGACAUCUCCGAGCAAGUGCGCAACGUCGGACGGACGGUUAUGGGCAGACCCAGGAAGAACUACUUCACCCGUGACGCGGAGCACGAAGAACGCAGAGGGCUGCUGUCCUCCGCCUCUCAGGACGCCGCUGUCGCAGAGGCUUCCUCCACUCCUCCGUCUCCAUCAGGCCACUAUCAGGGUCUGGGACACACCCGCCCCCCUCACUCGCGCUCCGCCCCCGCCGAACUCUGCUCCACCCCUUGGGUGGGGGACGUAGACGAUGUGGACGACAUCACGCCCACCGUCCUGUCCGGGGAUCCCAAAACCCAGACGGACACGCGCUACGCUACCAUCACUUAACACGCCGAUCCCAUUCUUCCCAGUAACUCAUUCACUGGGAACAACAGGUUAAAAGGGCACACUAAGCGGGGGCAGUGGGGGGGGUGAACCUGUUUCACCUCUGGUUUUUAAUUCAUUUUAAAAAUACCAAGUGAUGUUUUUUUUUUCAUUUAUUUUAACUAAA